UCUCUCUCAAAAGCCUUAUUUUCUGUGCUUUGAUGGAGUUGAACCAAAAGUUAAAAGUAGCAGGAAAAGAAGAUGGAUUGAUUAGGGCUUAAGUGAUGGUCAAGUCUUCCGCUUCUUCAGAGGAUGAAAAAGAAAUGGCCGAAGAAGAUCGGUUGAAAAGGGCUAACGAAUUCGAGUCAUUUUCUUCUUCGGAUGAUGAAGUCUCCCCUGCCCGAUCAAUUUUCUGUCUCAAGAAGAAUGUCUCAUUGGAAAAGUACGACCAACUGGAGGACUGCUACAUCUUGGAAUUUGAUCCAUUUGAAAAGCUUUCCCUCAAGGAUGAUGAUGAUGAUGAUGAUUACGAUGAUGAUGAAGAAGAAAAAGAAGAAGAACCCUCUGUCACGGUUCAUCGAAGCCAGGUGCGCAAACCUCAAACCUCAAAACACUUAAUUGAUUGUGUGGUCAAAGAGGAGAUCGGUUCAGCCCCUUCCUCAGAGGAUGAAGAUUCCUCUAUCGGCUCAAUUUUCUGUCUGAAGAAGAAUGUCUCCACCAAAGAGUUCGACGAAGUGGAGGACUGUUACAUUUUGGAAUUCGAUCCAUUUGAAUCCAUUGAUCUAUCUGGCAAGCUCUCCCUCAAGGAUGAUGAUGAUGAUGCUGAAGUAGAGCUCUCUGUCAUAGCUCAACGAGGAAAGGUGGCUUGUGUAGAUUUUCCCCAUUCAAGGCAUCUCUGUGCGAAAUUUCCCUUCUACAAAACUCCUCAUGAGGAUUACUGUGAACAGUGCUACUGUUAUGUAUGUGAUUCAGCUGCCCCUUGCAAAUACUGGAAGAGUCCAGGAGGACAUUGUAAUGCAACAGACCAUGAUGAGUGGUGGGAGAACCUGAGAAGACAGAAUGUACCAGCGCCCGCUUUCAUACCGAACUGAAGCAACUGUUUCAUCUUAGCUCUUUACAUAUAUAUAUAUAUAUAUAUAUAUCUCCAUGACUUGUAUGGUUGGUGCUACUUUACGUAUUUGAUUCAAUUGCCACUUACAAAUCCUGGAACAAACCAGGAGGACAUUGUGGUGCCACAAAGCAUGAUAAGUUGUUGAAGAAUCUGAGGAGAAAGAAGAAGCCAGCGCCGCGACCAACCAGUAGAGACCUCGAGGUCUUGACACACUUUUCUUCUAUAAGUUCAGGUCACCAGAAGCGCCUUCCUUUCCUUGUUAAGCUUGGCCUUUGCAAUGGUGGGUAGUGGUAGGAUUUUGUGUAAGAUCGUCGGUGUUCGUUCCAAAGAUUUAAGUGAACACAUGAAUAGAUCCGUGGAGAUAAUUUUGUGUAGAUGAAAGUAUGUAGAUAAAUAUUUGAAGGAUGAUGGGAUUUUGCAACAUUGGAUUUUGCAACAUUGAAAUGUUGGAAUCAGACCUGAUUGCAGAUAUUCUUUGACAGGAAA